AUGGAUCGCACGUCAACGUUGUCUUGGGUUUUCGGUCUGGUGCUGGUGGUAGCGCUGAGCUUCCACGCGGUGAGCGCCGCCUCCGUCGACCCGCCGCCGGUGGUCCACACCCAGGUCUUCACGCUCCUGAUUAACAACACGUCGCCCUACGAGCUGCUCGCCCCCGACGAGCUGCCGGCCCCGAGGCCGCAGCUCACCUGGUCAGUCAGCACCGAGAAGGCCGCGCCCGGCCAGAGCAUGGUGCUCACCGCCGUUCUCAACCGCACCGGCGACCAGCCGGGCCUCCGCCUCUCCGCCACCCUCCCUUUCCGCACCGUGGUGAAGGGUGAGAUGGUGAUGGCCCCGCUUAGCAUUCUGGUCAAGCUGAUGAUGCAGCCGGGAACCCCUCUCUUCGUCCUCGCCAACACGAACGUCCAGUCGGCUGUCACGUUCAAGGUGUUCAACAAGAACGGCGGACCGAAAGACCUGAGCUACCUCAAGGCCGGCAUCGAGCUCUUCCAGGCUGCGUACUGA